UUUAUUUUCUGAGACAUUUCAUUUUUCUUUUUUUCACGGCUCAUCGAAUCUCUCCCGCCCCCGACUCCGUUUUACGGUUCUUUUGGAGAGGGAGCAUUAUCUAUUGGUGACUUUGGAGUGUAUUUAGAAUAAAUAACUUGUAAGCUUUUUAGUGUUGGCAAGAUUCUUCUUAAGGUCUUUUAAUUAAUGAGCUUAGCCGAGAUCAUAGUAGACUUAGAAGUGCCACGGAAAUACAUCAGGAUUACUUAGAUUCUCAGUCCACCACAUUGACGCGUUUUUUCCCCUCUGGCAGUUUCGCAAGGCUUGGAAUACACCCUACAGUUUGGGUGGACUAUUUUACAGGAAGAUGGUUGUUUUGUAUACUUAAAGUCGGAUAUAGUCAAUGAUUAAUUGCAGUCUUUUAUGUUUGCUAUGACAGACAAAUCUAGCGGAUCACUAUUUACAGUGUUGGAUUUUUUUUCAUCUUCAGUAUGUUAAGUGAAGGUUUGUCAUGUUCUAAAUCUCUGAAGUUUUGUUAAAGGAGGACGGCCAGUACUUUCUAAAGGUUCUCAUACCUAGUUAUGCUGCUGGAUCUAUAAUUGGGAAGGGAGGACAGACAAUUGUUCAGUUGCAAAAAGAAACUGGAGCCACUAUCAAGCUGUCUAAGUCCAAAGAUUUUUAUCCAGGUGCUGCCAGCUGCAGAAGAGAUUGUACAUGGGCCUGUACAGAAGGUAUUUCUCCACUGUGCCAUCUGCAGAGUGACACUGACUAGGAGUACUACAUAGACUGUACCACCGAGAGGGUUUGCUUGAUCCAGGGAACAAUUGAAGCACUGAAUGCAGUUCAUGGAUUCAUUGCCGAAAAAAUCCGAGAAAUGCCCCAAAAUGUUGCCAAGACAGAACCAGUCAGUAUCCUACAACCUCAGACCACCGUUAAUCCUGAUCGCAUCAAACAAACAUUGCCAUCUUCCCCAACUACCACCAAGUCCUCUCCAUCUGACCCCAUGACCACCUCCAGAGCCAAUCAGGUAAAGAUUAUAGUUCCCAACAGCACAGCAGGUCUGAUAAUAGGGAAGGGAGGUGCUACUGUGAAGGCUAUAAUGGAGCAGUCAGGGGCUUGGGUGCAGCUUUCCCAGAAACCCGAUGGGAUCAACUUGCAAGAGAGGGUUGUCACUGUGAGUGGAGAACCUGAACAAAACCGAAAAGCUGUUGAACUUAUCAUCCAGAAGAUACAAGAGGAUCCGCAGAGUGGCAGCUGUCUCAAUAUCAGUUAUGCCAAUGUGACAGGUCCAGUGGCAAAUUCCAAUCCAACCGGAUCUCCUUAUGCAAACACUGCUGAAGUGUUACCAACUGCCGCAGCAGCCGCAGGGCUAUUAGGACAUGCUAACCUUGCCGGCGUUGCGGCCUUCCCAGCAGUUUUAUCCGGCUUCACAGGCAAUGACCUGGUGGCCAUCACCUCUGCACUUAAUACAUUAGCCAGCUAUGGAUAUAAUCUCAACACAUUAGGUUUAGGUCUCAGCCAAGCAGCAGCAACGGGGGCUUUGGCUGCCGCAGCUGCCAGUGCCAACCCAGCAGCAGCAGCAGCCAAUUUGUUGGCCACCUAUGCCAGUGAAGCCUCAGCCAGCGGCAGCACAGCUGGUGGAACGGCGGGGACAUUUGCAUUAGGUAGCCUGGCUGCUGCUACUGCUGCAACCAAUGGAUACUUUGGAGCUGCCUCGCCCCUAGCUGCCAGUGCCAUUCUAGGGACAGAGAAAUCCACAGAUGGAUCAAAGGAUGUAGUUGAAAUAGCAGUUCCAGAAAACUUAGUUGGUGCAAUACUUGGCAAAGGAGGGAAAACCUUAGUGGAAUACCAGGAGUUGACUGGUGCAAGGAUACAGAUCUCCAAAAAGGGAGAGUUCGUACCUGGCACAAGGAAUCGGAAGGUAACCAUUACUGGAACGCCAGCUGCAACACAGGCUGCUCAGUAUUUAAUAACACAGAGGAUCACUUAUGAGCAAGGAGUUCGGGCUGCCAAUCCUCAGAAAGUGGGUUGAGUGUCCCAAAUAUAUGUCAGAUUGUUUUAACCCCUCCUUUACCCCAUUUUCAAGAAGGAUGUACUGUACUUUGCAGAAGUGAAGUUUUUCUGUUAUUAAUAUAUAAUUAUGCAAAUGAAUGCGACUAUGUUGACAAUGUGUAUAUGUAAAUAAUAUGUGUUUUACCAGAUGUUUCAUAGAAUUUUUUCUUGACCUGUUUUGUUCUCUAUACUUUGCUUGUGUAUAUUUGUCAGAGGUGUUUCUAGUGUAAGAUUUAAGCCUGCCAUUUUACCAGCAUUAUUGUAGUUUAAUGAUUGAAUGUAGACAGGGAUAUGCGUAUAGUUUUCAGUAUUAGUUCUAGAUAACACUAAAUUAACUACUGUUAGGUUGAGUAUGGUGGGGUCAGUGACCUAAACUGGAGUGAGGCCAAAGCACUGUCAUGUAUGUCUUACUUCCUGCUUAGGGCACAGAGAAGUAGGAAAUAAUAUUUUGAAAAAUAAGUUUUCAAUU